CCGUGCAGCUCCAUCUCCGCCGUAGCGUUCUCUCCGCGUAAUCAGUGCUGUGCGGCUGUCCAGCGAUUGCGUCUUUGGGUCUGGUGCUGAGGUACCUUUGUAUCUUUUGUCAUCGAGCUCGGAGGCAUUAUGAACUCCUGCGUUCCAUCUCCUGCUUCCGCCACCCCAGAGCGCAUAACACAUCAAUACUUUUCUGAUAAGGAUGCCGACGUCAUCAUCCGCUCGAGCGACGCCGUGGAAUUCAAGAUGUACAAGGUCAUCCUGUCCAAAGCGUCACCAUUCUUCAAAGACAUGUUCUCGCUCCCACAGAGCCCAUCCGUCGUCGAUGAUAGGCCGUCGGAGUUCCUCGAUGGAGUUCCGGUUGUAGAUUUCAGCGAGAACAACCGCACUCUUGACCAUCUGUUCCGCUUCCUGUACCCCUGUCCCAAUCCAAAUCUGAAAAGUCUCGACGACGUCCACGCUGUUUUGGAGGCUGCGAACAAGUAUCAGCUGGAAGACGUCGUCUUGUACGCUCGGAGGACGUGGAACGAACUUGCCUCACUCGAGCCACUACGCGCAUUUGCCAUCGCUUGCGGCAGGCGAUGGGAAGAAGAGGCGCGCUCUGCUGCUCUGCUCUCGCUCAAGGAGCCUGUAUGGCCGCUCCAGCCGCCGAUGGCACCCGAGUUCAAGACCAUCUCCGGUGACACCGUCGUCCGCUUGAUGUGGUACCAGCGGAGAUGUGGUGAGGCGGCCAUGCAGGCUGCGUUGAACCCCGAGCGGAUGAACCGGCUCUUCGACGCGUCGUCCUGUACGCACUGCCUCGGACCAUUCUCCAUGACGCAGACGCGUCGUAUCCGAGACUGGUUUGCGCUUUACACGAGGCAGGUGGCACCUUGCCUAGAGAAACAACCUUCUGGACGCACCGCCACCGAACGAGGGCUGGUCGAAGGCGCGAUCAAGCAUGUAUUCGAAAACGCUCCGUGUGAAGUAGACAUGCAUUGCAUUGAGCGCAUCCGUCAAAUCGUCCAGGUCUUCAGUGACGAAGUGGAUAAAGUCGUCGCCCAGGUUCCGCUCGAACUGGACUUGUAGAAGAUAUUCGCAACCAUAUCCUGCUCUGAAUCGCUUUGCCGUCUACUUGUAUUCUCGUUCGUUGCUCUGGAGAUAUUGUGAUUGGCUCAUGUAAACACCUAUGGCUUGUGGGUAUGUGUCUUGUGUACACCAAAUCAGAUAACGAGUAAAUGUGACGUC